AUGGAUCCUAGAAAUCCUUAUCGUUUGUCAGAUGAAAAUUUUGUUGAUCUUUUGAAUUCUCAAAAAGUUCCCAACGUUUCUGAUAAUCCGAACCCUCCACAUUCUGCUCAAUCCUCUCAGCCGAUUCAAUUUAGCAACCCAUUUUCUUCUCAGCCACCCCACUUUACCUCAACAUUCUCUUCUCAGCCACUCCACUUUACCUCAACAUUCUCUUCUCAGCCAUCCCAUUUUAGCUCAACAUGCUCUUCUCAGAAUCUUAACUUUAGCCCAACAUCCGAUACUGAAGACUGUAUUGAGGUUGAAGAGACUGAAGAAGACGGAGGCAGAGGAAGUAGGAAGAGGUGGACUGCAGAGGAGGAUGUCAACCUCAUAAGUGCUUGGUUAAACACAAGCAAGGAUCCAAUUAAAGCAAAUGAUGGAUCAGCCGCCUCAAACGCAAGAGGGCAAACACAGUGUAAGGCUAGGUGGAACAAGAUAAACCACCAAGUCAACAAGUUUGUGGAAUGUUACGCACAAGCGUGUACAAGAAGGAAGAGUGGAGAAUCAGAAGAUGAUGUCUUGAGAAUGGCGUAUGAGCUUUACAAUAACGACAUGAAGAAGCCAUUUCUCCUUGUACAUUGCUGGAGGGAGUUGAAGCACGAUCAGAAAUGGAUUACUGAAGAAUGUAGCCACAAGCGGACUAAGCUUGCAUCUGAGGCUCCUACUUCGAGUAAUGAUGGAGCUGAGAAGAGGCCUCCGGGGGUUAAAGCUGCUAAGAACAAAGGGAAGAGACCGACUGUUAGUAUUGAUGUCGACGAUGGUUCUGUCCGUAAGUUAGACAAGAUCAUUGCAAUGAAGGAUCAAGAACAAGCAGCUAAAGAGAAGCACGGCAAAAUGAGAUUGCUAGACAGCCUGUUUAACAAGAGUGAACUAACACCCGCUGAAGUUGCUCUUAGAGACAAACUCGUAGAUCAAAUGUUUCGGGAACACAAAUGUAGCUGUGGAACAUGUCACGUGAAGAGAAGAAGUUUGCUUGAUGUGAAACAUGUCACAGAUUUGGGAAACAUGUCACGGAUGUGGAACAUGUCACGGAUGUGA